UCACUGUCAGUUUGAAAGUAAAUUGCGUCAUCACAUUACAGCAAUUUUACAUUGCUUAGAAAUAAUUUAAUUAUAUUUUAGAAAUGAUUAUCGUUAAUUAAUAAGGCAUUAUAAAACCAAUAAAAUGUCUUCGUCAGCAAUAUACAUACUGGACGUUAAGGGGAAAGUCCUUAUAUCCAGAAAUUACCGCGGCGAUGUUGAUAUGGGUGUGAUCGAUAAGUUCAUGCCCCUCUUGAUGGAAAAAGAAGAAGAAGGAAUGUUAACUCCUCUUCUACAAACCAGCGAGUGUACUUUUGCAUAUAUUAAAACUAACAACCUUUACAUAGUAUCAACAACAAAGAAAAAUGCUAAUAUUGCCUUGGUAUUUGUGUUUCUAUAUAAAAUAGUGGAAGUCAUGACUGAAUAUUUCAAGGAACUAGAAGAAGAAAGUAUCAGAGAUAAUUUCGUCGUAAUUUAUGAGUUGCUUGAUGAGUUAUUAGAUUUUGGAUAUCCACAGACAACUGACAGCAAGAUUUUGCAAGAGUACAUUACUCAAGAAGGUCAUAAAUUAGAAAUGCAGCCUCGAAUUCCAAUGGCUGUGACAAAUGCUGUGUCGUGGAGGUCAGAAGGGAUUAAAUAUCGGAAGAAUGAAGUAUUUCUUGAUGUCAUUGAGUCUGUAAAUCUAUUGGCAAAUUCAAACGGGAAUGUUCUGCGUAGUGAAAUAGUUGGAGCCAUAAAAAUGAGGGUGUACCUGUCUGGAAUGCCAGAAUUGCGACUUGGUCUCAAUGAUAAGGUACUUUUCGAAAGUACAGGAAGGGGGAAAUCAAAAUCUGUUGAGCUGGAAGAUGUGAAGUUCCACCAAUGCGUGAGAUUGUCUAGAUUUGAAAACGACAGGACAAUUUCUUUCAUUCCACCUGAUGGUGAGUUUGAGCUGAUGUCCUACAGGCUCAACACUCAUGUGAAGCCCCUUAUCUGGAUCGAAUCUGUCAUAGAACGACAUGCACACUCCCGUGUUGAAUACAUGAUUAAAGCCAAGUCGCAAUUCAAGAGACGUUCAACAGCCAACAAUGUUGAGAUUAUUAUUCCAGUGCCUGCUGAUGCUGAUUCUCCAAAAUUCAAAACUACAAUUGGCAGUGUUAAAUAUACACCAGAGCAAAAUGCCAUUACCUGGUCUAUAAAGUCAUUCCCAGGGGGCAAGGAAUACUUAAUGAGAGCGCAUUUCGGCCUACCGUCCGUUGAGUGCGAGGAGACUGAUGGAAAACCCCCAAUACAAGUAAAAUUUGAAAUCCCAUACUUUACAACGUCUGGUAUUCAAGUGCGGUACUUGAAGAUCAUUGAAAAGAGUGGUUAUCAGGCACUACCCUGGGUUCGGUACAUUACCCAAAACGGCGACUAUCAGCUAAGAACAAAUUAGUACAAUUAAGCAUGUUUUGUUACAUUCCUUGUAUUUUUAAGUAUGCACUUAAUAAGUAUUCAUUAUGCAGUUGUAACUUGAUUUUUAUUAGUAUUUUAUUAUGUAAGAUUAUUUUGACCCAAUAAAUUGUUUAAUCCUAUUAUUUUAUUUAA